AUGCAAGUGGGACUUAACCAUUACUUACAAAACACUGCCAUACCUAAAUCCAGCAGGCAAGUGGGUCUUAACCAGUACCCACAAAAAACUGCCAUACGUAAAUUCGGCACGCAAGCGGGACUUAACCAGUACCCACUAAACACUGCCAAGCCUAAAUCCGGCAUGCGAGUGGGACUUAACCAGUACCCACAAAACACUGCCAUACCUAAAUCCAGCAGGCAAGUGGGUCUUAACCAGUACCCACAAAACACUGCCAAGCCUAAAUCCGGCAUGCAAGUGGGAUUUAACCAGUACCCACUAAACAUUGCCAUGACUAAACCCAGCACGCAAGUGGUACUUGACCAGUACCCACAAAACAGCAUCAUGCCUUCAUACGGCAUACUAAUGAUUAAA